CUUCUAGCUGCACCUCCCACCGCAGCAAAAAGUCGUCCACGAAGACGUACGCAUGGUUUACCUGGUAGCUACAAACCAGUACAAAACAGCAUGGGACGCGCUAGUAUCGGCCCCAAAACGCCGGUACAUCUUACUAGUUUGAAUGAUGAUGCAUUAGAAAAGAAAAGAAACAAGGAAAGACUACGUAAACAGCAACAUUUACGGAGAACUUCUGCCAUCAAUUCAAUUACACCGAGAACAAGCUUAACUGGACGAGAAUCGAUCGGUUCUGGUUCUCCUGGAUUGAAUUCACCCUUUGGUACGCCCCAGAAGAAGGCACCUUUAUUGGCGAAUUUUGAAGAAUGGAUGAAACUGGCUACGGAUAACAAAAUUAAUUCGACAAACACAUGGAACUUUGCUCUUAUUGAUUACUUUCAUGACAUGUCCUUGUUGAAGGAUGGAGACAACAUUAAUUUCCAAAAAGCUAGUUGCACAUUAGAUGGCUGCGUGAAGAUUUAUACUUCUCGUGUAGAUUCCGUUGCUACUGAAACCGGUAAACUGCUCAGUGGUUUGGCAAACAACGCCCAAUGGAAGGAAAUUGAGGAUGAGCAUGCGAUGGAGAACGACGGUGAGGACAAAGACGAACUAGCUGGCGCAAAAGAAAAACGGGAACGGAAACGUGCUCAUCGAGCUGAACAGACGCUCGCGAAGAGUUUUGAAGCUCUCCAAGCAAAGCGACUGGAUCUUGAGUACACGUUCGACCCUCUGUUUAAAAAAAUGUGUGCUGACUUCGAUGAAGGCGGCGCAAAAGGCUUACUUAUGAAUCACCUGUCUGUAAACCUCCAUGGUCGGAUCGUGUUUGAUUCUACAGAUGACAUGGUGCUUGAUGAACACGACGAUGACAAGACAGGAAGUAACGAGGACAAGGACGGAGCUAUGGACGAAGACAAAGAAGUAGAGGAAGACGUCAAGGAAGAGGAGGAGGAAGAGGAGUUCAAUCCAAUUAUGAUGACAGAUCUGAAGAACAUUUAUUUCCAACGUCUUGAUGGAUUAUCGGUGUGCCCUUCUCUUCAGGGCUUUGAGUUUGGCAACAACACUUCGCUAAACGUGUCCCUGCUUAAGUCUUUGGGAGAAGAAGCGACGUCAGUUGAUGGUCCCCUUGUGUUAGACAAUGCCGACAGUCAAAGUGGACCACCUAAUUUGGAAUUGGAUGUCAGCGAUGAUGGUGAUGAUGAUGAUGCUCCGCUUGAUUUUAUAGGUUUAGCCCAAGACGAAGAAGAUACUACGUUGGCUACAGCCCAACAUGCCAUUGUCGACCCACAGCACGCACAUCCAACACUGGUUGGAGAAACAACCGAAGAGCAACAGAACCAACAGGAUUACUCCAUCAGCAGUAUUUACUCAUCGUUUAAUGAGGUGUAUGGAUAUUUUGACAAAAGUCUGAAACACAACUGGGCUGGUCCCGAACUUUGGCGUAUUCAACGUUUAAAACAAAAGGCUCUUCAAGAUGCUGAAAACCGAACAAAUUCUUCGAGCGCGCUGGACGCCGCAUCAACCAACGACACUGCUACCAGCAUUGUUUCAGUGGAUAAAAAGCGGCGGAAAGAGGUGGACUAUACGAUUGAUUUCAGUGAGCCCAUAAAUGAAGAGUCUCUAUUCGCUCCUGCAUCUGCAAACCUGCAAUUACCCAAAAAUCACUGGCGAACACUAAAUCGGAAUCUACUUCCUGAUGAUUACCACAUUGAUUCAAAGCGUUUGCUUCGACUGUUCCUGAAGGACAACGCUCUUAUAAACGCACGGUCAAAUUCUUCCACAACUUCGCAACCAGAGGCUGAUGUCGAUCCUUCUACCGAUGUGCCUGCUGAUGCUGAUAAUUCACUGGUUCUUGCACACCCGGGUCUUGAUGACGGCGCCAUGAGUGACAGCGACGGUGCUGCUGAUGCUCCUCUGCCAUUUGUUCCCGAGGGAGAGGAAGACAAUCCUUUUGCGAUGGACUCUUCGAAGCCGCCUUCAAGUGCUGGUUUUGGUGAAAGUCUAUUGCUGAACGCUCGUCUGGCAAUGCCGGAGAUGUUACAAUACGCUAAGCGCGCAACGAGAGUUGAUGUUAAAGUGCUUAAAGAACGACUGUACGAGUGUCUGGAAAUUCCACCUUCAUCGGAAGAAGCUCCUGAGCCCAUUGUCCGUCGGUUUACCGAUGUUUUAGACAAACUUAGUGCGAUUUACGAACCCUCAGCUUACAAGGAUGUUUCUACAAGUUUCGCGUUCAUUUGUGUUCUUCACCUGGCCAACGAACACGGAUUAAAAAUUACAAGUUCAGAUGAUCUGAACGAUCUGUACAUUGAAAGGGACCUAUCGCUGGAACCUUUAACUACCUGAAGUUGAGCGAAAAGAUAUCCCAUUAUUGUCGCCCUUCAGCAUCAAAAUACCUAACGGGAAACUCUGUUUCUUCUUAUCAAAACGGGACUCCACAUCUACGUCUAAGUACACGUUUACAUACCCACCACACACCAUCUUUCUAUUCAAAUCGAUUUCUCUUUCGUUUACGUCCAACACCCAGCACCGGAGAAAUACAGACAGUUUUUUCCAUCUUCCGUUUCAUGAAAUCAAUUAAUGUCGUAAGUACUGCGCCAUUAUAUUGAUUUCCGAGUUCAACACAGCCAUUUUGUCUUCAAUUCUGCCUACUGGCUAACGGAGUGUGCACCACCCUUCCCCAGCUCAAAUUCCCCAAUAAGCCGUAUAGGCUCCCUUCCUCCCCACAACAGUACA